ACCCUGGUUCUGACCCUGUCCCCCACCCUGUUUCCUGUGCAGAUGAGCAACAAGCGGUCCAACAGCUUCCGCCAGGCCAUCCUGCAGGGGAACCGCCGGCUCUGCAGCAAGGCCCUGCUGGAGGAGAAAGGGCUGAACCUCUCCCAGCGGCUCAUCCGCCACGUGGCCUACGAGACCCUGCCCCGGGAGAUUGACCGGAAGUGGUACUACGACAGCUACACCUGCUGCCCCCCACCCUGGUUCAUGAUCACCAUCACCCUGCUGGAGGUGGCCUUUUUCCUGUACAAUGGAGUGUCGCUGGAUCAGUUUGUGCUGCAGGUGACCCAUCCCCGGUACCUGCAGAACGCACUGGUUUACCACCCACAGCUCCGAGCACAGGCGUGGCGCUACCUGACGUACAUCUUCAUGCACGCGGGGAUAGAACACCUGGGCCUCAAUGUGGUGCUGCAGCUCCUGGUGGGGGUGCCCUUGGAGAUGGUGCACGGAGCAACCCGCAUUGGGCUGGUCUACGUGGCUGGUGUGGUGGCAGGAUCCUUGGCGGUGUCUGUGGCUGACAUGACCGCACCCGUCGUGGGCUCCUCUGGAGGGGUGUACGCGCUUGUCUCUGCCCAUCUGGCCAACAUCGUGAUGAACUGGUCAGGCAUGAAGUGCCAAUUCAAGCUGCUGCGGAUGGGUGUGGCCUUGAUCUGUAUGAGCAUGGAGUUUGGGCGGGCCGUGUGGCUCCGGUUCCACCCGUCGGCCUAUCCCCCGUGCCCUCACCCGAGCUUCGUGGCACACUUGGGUGGCGUGGCCGUGGGCAUCACCCUGGGCGUGGUGGUCCUGAGGAACUAUGAGCAGAGGCUGCAGGACCAGUCGCUGUGGUGGAUCUUUGUGGCCAUGUACACCAUCUUUGUGCUGUUUGCUGUCUUCUGGAAUAUCUUUGCCUACACCCUGCUGGACCUAAAGCUGCCCCCGCCCCCCUGACGGCUGGAGGACCAGAGGUCGGGGAGGGGAGGGAGAAGCGGCAUCAGAAAGGAGCAUCUGGAUUCUGUUUUCUCAUCACCAGCUCAGGGAGGCCGGGAGGAGAGGACGAGAGACGCUGGGCAGACAGUGGAGGCUCUGUUCCAAAAGGCACCUGCUGGGGGAGUUGGAUUGGCUACUGUUGUUUUUCUAGACUCUUCCAAAGACAUCGGGCCAGCAAAGGCCUGAGGGGGCUGAGAGUGGCUGUCCCUUUUGGGUGGGCUGAGAACAGCCUCAUCCUCCACCCUGCGAGACCAUAGAGCAGGGGUGGGGAACCUUCUUACUGCCAACGGCCAUUUGGGUAUUUAUAACAUCAUUCUCGGGCCAUACAAAAUCAUCAACUUAAACAUCAGCCUGCUAGAUUUGGUCAGACAUUUAACUCACCUGUAAUGCCUUGGCAGGGCCAGACCAAAUGUUUUCCCAGGCCUUAUAUGGCCCUCGGGCCGGACAUUCCCCACCCCUGCCAUAGAGUGUAAGGAAGGCCUGAGGGGGCAGUCGUCAGGCAGGCCCUUGUCCAGCCCAGAGAUAAUGGCGGGCCAGGAAGUGUCCCCUCUGGAGCUCUGGGAGUGGGAGAGGGCCUGGUGCCGGACAUGCGGACUAGGCCCGGGGAGCCCCCGGUGCCUUCCUGUGCCUAUCGGUGGGCACUGGGGUGUGGCCUCUAACACCUGCGGGGGGCAGAGGAGGGAGCUUCUGUAACUCCCUGCUCUUGCUACGGGGUACCCAGCAAGAGGAACCCCAGCAAGAGGGAAUUCAUCCCACAUUCCCCCUUGGGGAAGGCCCUGCUUUGGACUUCUCCCGCCCUCUCUCCCCAAAUGCUGGCCUCUCGCGCCAGGGCCCACACCCCGUCCCGUGCCCUGCCUUGUCUUUAGGGCCCUGCCCUGCCCCCCCAUUGCCCUGACCCUCCAUCGUGCCUCUCCUUUGGUUGUGGAGACUGUUCUGAUGGUGAGCACAUGGUUUGGUGGGUGGAGAUGCCCGUGUGAUGGGACAAACAAUGUGAGGCGAGUAGGAGUCCACAGGGGAAGGCUGCGAGGGGCAGUGGGCGCCUGUGGAGGCGUCUGCGUGAGAGGAAGGAAGGGCUGAGAGGUGGGCUACUGUGGUUCCUGAGGACCCUGGCCUUUAGCAAAGCCUGCCUCUUCUUUUCCACUCUCCGUCCCUUCCAGGCGUCUCCCUGGGAAUCGCUGACCGUGGGAGGGCGGCCCCUCAGGAUGCUGAGGUUUCCUCGCCUUUGCCAGCUCCUGCUCUGGUUCCCUCUGGAGUGGCCUUCAUGCUGAAAAGAUUCUGUCCUGUCUCCCUUUGGAGGGGAGGGGUUUUGGGAGUGCAACAGAGGCUGGGCAGGAAUAUGGAGGCCGUGUGACUUUUGAGUUCAGGGGGGGCGGGAGGUUGCUGCAAAAGGAAUUCCAGUUUAGGUGGAGACCUGCUUCUAGAGAAGAAUUGUUGGGGUGUGGAUGCAUGUCAGAGGUGAGGCAGCCGUAGCUCAGGUUCUCAGAUCGAGGAGGGAGCCGGGAGGUGUUCGAGUCCAUCCCCACGCCCAUUUCACAAGGGAAUGGCCUCCUGGCAGGAGCUGGUGCAGGCCCCAGGGAGGG